CUGUCGCGGAGCUGACGUCAUCGUUGUGCGCUGCCACGUCUGCUCUGCUCCGCGGUAAUGGAGGCUGAGGUUGAGUGCUGACGGGGCCGGGCUCUGCUUCUAGCUUUAACUGUGGCUCUGACUCUGUUACUGCCUCAAGGUUUGGGUCUGGGACUGGGUCUGGUGUGGGUUUGGGUCUGGCGGCCCGAAGACUGGAUACUUUUUCUCGAGUCUCCGGGCGGCGACGGCCUGGGGUCAAGCAGCUGGUUAGGAGCGCCUCUACGCGAGAGGGUGUUCUCUUGCUUGGGGUCCAGCCUGUAAAGCCGCCGCCUCCCAGGGAUCCCGCCCCACCGGCUGGGCCUCCUCCAUGCAGUUGAAACAGGUUGAUAACCAUUAACCUGGGUUGCAACUACAGGUGGCACUGGAAGUAGACUGGUUCCCGGACAUGCCCGGUGGAAGGAGGGGCCCUAGUCGGCAGCAGCUAAGCCGAUCAGCUUUACCUUCUUUACAGACUUUGGUUGGUGGGGGCUGUGGCAAUGGAACAGGCCUGAGAAACAGGAAUGGUAGCGCUAUUGGCCUUCCAGUCCCGCCUAUCACAGCCUUAAUCACCCCAGGUCCUGUUCGUCAUUGCCAAAUACCCGAUUUGCCUGUGGAUGGGAGCCUGCUCUUUGAAUUUCUCUUUUUCAUCUACUUGCUGGUUGCUUUGUUCAUUCAGUACAUCAACAUCUAUAAAACAGUGUGGUGGUACCCUUACAAUCAUCCUGCUUCUUGUACUUCACUGAAUUUUCAUCUCAUUGAUUACCACCUGGCAGCAUUCAUCACAGUGAUGCUUGCGAGGAGGCUUGUAUGGGCCCUCAUCUCAGAGGCCACUAAAGCAGGUGCAGCAUCUAUGAUUCACUACAUGAUUCUCAUAUCAGCUCGCUUAGUGCUACUUACUUUGUGUGGAUGGGUGCUUUGUUGGACCCUCGUCAACCUCUUUCGAAGCCAUUCAGUCCUCAAUCUCCUUUUCCUUGGCUACCCAUUUGGUGUAUAUGUUCCUCUCUGCUGUUUCCAUCAAGAUAGUAGAGCUCAUCUUCUCCUCACAGACUAUAACUAUGUGGUUCAGCACCAAGCAGUAGAGGAAAGCGCCUCAACUGUGGGUGGUUUGGCCAAAUCCAAAGACUUCCUCUCCUUAUUGCUGGAGUCUCUGAAAGAACAGUUUAAUAAUACCACGCCUAUACCCACCCACAGCUGCCCCCUAUCUCCAGACCUCAUUCGUAAUGAAGUAGAAUGCCUGAAAGCAGAUUUCAACCACAGAAUCAAAGAAGUCCUCUUCAACUCCCUCUUCAGUGCCUACUAUGUUGCGUUUCUUCCCCUGUGUUUUGUGAAGAGUACCCAGUACUAUGACAUGCGCUGGUCGUGCGAGCAUCUCAUUAUGGUGUGGAUCAAUGCUUUUGUCAUGCUUACCACACAACUCCUGCCAUCCAAAUACUGUGAUUUGCUACAUAAAUCAGCUGCUCACCUGGGCAAGUGGCAGAAGCUGGAACAUGGGUCCUACAGCAAUGCUCCACAGCACAUUUGGUCAGAAAAUACAAUAUGGCCUCAAGGGGUGCUGGUGCGACACAGCAGAUGCUUAUAUAGAGCCAUGGGGCCUUACAACGUGGCAGUGCCUUCGGAUGUAUCCCACGCCCGUUUUUAUUUCCUAUUUCAUCGUCCAUUAAGGCUGUUAAAUCUGCUUAUCCUUAUUGAGGGCAGUGUCGUCUUCUACCAGCUCUAUUCCUUGCUGCGGUCGGAGAAGUGGAACCACACACUUUCCAUGGCUCUCAUCCUCUUCUGCAACUAUUAUGUUUUAUUUAAACUCCUCCGUGACAGAAUAGUAUUAGGCAGGGCUUACUCCUACCCACUCAACAGUUACGAACUCAAGGCAAACUAAGCUGGGCUACGCUGCCUCUCAACAAUGAGGGAGAACACAGAUAAAAAUAUUUUCAUACGUUCUAUUUUUUUCUUGUAAUUUUUAUAAAUAUUUAAGAUAUUUUAUAUUUUGUAUACUAUUAUGUUUUGAACGGUGGGAAGGGGUAAGGGACAUUAAAUGUAUCCAUAAACAAGGUGAUGUGAUCGUUCCUGUGUUAGCAUACAAGGGGUGUGCCUCUCCAGUAAAGACAUUGAUUUGUUUGUAUGACUCUGGAAUAACUCAUUCAUUUAUGAACAUCUCGUUUAUCACUUGACACAGCACCUUUGGGGUGACUGCUUUUCUUCCAAUCCUUCUCAUCUUUAGUUUUCACCUGGCCUAUUGCUACAGAAAAGGCAAUCAGUGGCGUUUCCUCCCAACCCCCAUUCUUUUGACUUCUGUGUUGGACUACUGGUGGGCAGGGAGGGGGUGAGUGAGUGGUCCUUUGGGUGGGAUUCUCUUUGUUGCUUGCUGUAAAGGAAGCGUUUCAAGACAGGAACUCAGCAUUUUAUUCUGCUCUGUAACCUUUAAAUAAGCCACUAUCCUAAAAUUCGACUGUUUCUAUUAUUUUUCCUGCUCUUUCAUUCUUUUUCCUCCCAAGAUUUACUGGUUAGCUUUUUGAAAUAGUAAUUUUUAAGAUAAAGUUUGGAAUGUUGACAUGCAUGAAGUGGUGUGUGGUUAGAUCUGUGGGAGAAGAUGCGUGCAGAUGCCAUGUGGGCUAGAGUAUUAGCAGGUUGAAGAUACUGAGUAACUGAGAAUGGGUGAGUCCUCAGUUAAAGUCACAUGCAGUCUACUAGCAACCCACCUACAAUGGCCUGUUUGGAGCUAUGAGUGGAAGUAAAAUACAAGAAGUUACCUCUUUGUCCUCAAAUAGUUUGAACAUUAUAUUCCAGAACCUUCAUGUUUGUGAGCAUUUUAAGUCCAUGUUCUUAAAAGAGGG